GGGCAUUCUUUUAUUCCAUGAUGUAGGUACAAAAUCCACGUUUUGUCAUAAAUAGGUCAAAAAGCAAGCACUAUGGUAUUGAUAUCAGUAUGAUUUCAUUUGUGCGUUGCUCUUUCAUAAUAUAGUUGGAUGAAGCAGAAUAUCAAUACACCUGUCAACUGAUAAAACAUUUUGCUCCUAGCUUCCAGUUGUCAUUUUCUUGUAUAUGUCGGAUCUGGAUUGAAAUAAGCUCAACUUCUUCUUGGAUAAUGCAGAUAUAGGCCUAGACUUCCACGACUGAAAGAUAAACAUUACAAUCGAAUAUCAUUUGUGUGGGAGUCAACUUGUCUUAGAAUAAGAGAAAAUCUUUGGGAAAAGAAAAUCGACAGCAGGAAAAUAACAUUUCGGAUAUCUACACACAAGUUUAAAUGCUGUAUGGCCAACUUGAAUUAAACCAUCAGAGAAACAGAGCUGUAAGUGCUGUUCAGUCAGAAAGUUACUAGAAAAAAAACAGCAAAAAAAGAUCGAGAACAGCUAGAAAAGACUACACAUUUCAUCAACAAUAUUAUUGAUCGCCGUUCACACGUAUGUAGUAUAUAGGCCUACUCGUAUCAAGGUUAUAUUGAUGAUCUAUUUCUGAACAUUCCUACAAGAUACUGGAAACAUAUAAGUAGACAAUGUCUUCAUCGAAUACCGAUGGUAGCAGGACCAUUCUGUGGUGUGUUCCUCGGUCCAUCUCGACAGCACUCGCCAAGUGUCUCAGCUUCAUCGAUGCCUCGGAGGUGUGGUUUGAACCCUAUGCCUACUGCAACGCCACCAGCAAUGAGUAUAAACAUCAAACGAAGCUCAACAUACCCAUGGAGUAUGAGGGCAAUGAGGAGAUCUUUCAGAGAGUAAAAAAGGCCCUAGACGGCAUGGCAAAUACCCACUUUGAGCCCGAUCGCCUCUCAUACGGUUCUGUAAAGCGUCGUCUUGAAGCCACUACCGCCAAACACGUGAUGGUAAAGGACAUGGGCAAUGCAAUGACGGAGGAGUACCGUGCCUACCUCCCCAAGGGGUACAGACACACCUUUCUCAUCCGACACCCUGUCCGCUCCAUAGCCUCCUACCGCAAGAUGAUGUACAAUCAGUUCUCUGAGCUAGGACUACUGGAAGGUAAAGCUGCCUCUGAGGAGACUUACGACGUGGAACGCGAUGACCGCUUCUUCCCCUCUGGCUAUGGCACGAAAGAAACAUACGACCUCUGGAAUUACAUUCAAGACGAGAAUAUUGAUACCAACCCUGUCGUUAUAGAUGGUAACGAUCUGUUGUCGAAACCUGCCGAGACGCUUUCGGCUUAUUGCACCGCCGUCGGGUUACCGUACAGCAACGGCUUACUGCAGUGGGACGCGUCACCAAGGUGCUGA